CAGAAGGAUAAAGCCGAUCGUGCUACUGUGGAGCAAGUGCUCGAUCCUCGUACACGUAUCAUUCUAUUUAAAAUGUUGAACCGUGGCAUAUUUUACGAAAUCAAUGGUUGUAUCAGUACUGGUAAAGAAGCCAAUGUGUAUCAUGCUAUGACCGAGGAUGGACAACAUCGUGCUAUUAAAGUUUACAAGACGUCCAUUUUAACCUUCAAAGACCGUGAUCGUUAUGUUACAGGUGAAUUUCGUUUCCGUCACGGUUAUUCCAAAUCGAACCCUCGUAAAAUGGUCAAAGUAUGGGCUGAAAAGGAGAUGCGUAACUUGCGACGUUUGAAACAAGCGGGAAUACCUUCUCCAGACGCAAUUGUAUUAAGAAUGCAUGUGCUAGUCAUGGAGUUCUUGGGUGAUAAGAAUGGUUGGGCUUAUCCACGACUGAAGGAUGCACAGAUUGAAUUAUCGAGAUAUCCUGCUUUGUACUAUCAACUUGUGAAGAAUGUUCGUACCAUGUAUCAAGUCUGUAAAUUGGUGCACGCUGAUUUAAGUGAAUACAACAUUUUAUAUCAUUCUCGGAAACUAUAUAUUAUUGAUGUCUCGCAAUCUGUUGAGCACGAUCACCCUCACGCAUCAGAGUUUUUGAGAAAAGAUAUUGCGAAUGUGACAGAUUAUUUUGCCAAAAAGGGUGUUCGGGUAAUGAGUGUAAUGCAAUUGUUCAAAUUUGUCACAGAUAUAUCCUUCGGCAAUAGCGAAGAAGAAGUGGAUGCUCAAUUGGAAAAGGUACCUUUCUUUAAGUCUGCAGACAUUCAAGAAGACAUGAAUGCUAACCCCAACCAACAAGUCAGCAAAGAAGAAGAAGAGAUUUUCUUAAAGUCCUAUAUACCAACCACUCUAGAAGAAGUGAUAGACAUUGAAAGAGAUACCUUACUAGUUGAAAAGGGUGAAGCGAAGAAUUUAGUUUAUGCUGAUUUACUAGGAACAGAUGUGACAAAGUCCGUGCAAAAUUUGAGGUUAGAAGAUGAGGAUAAGGAUAAUGGUUCCUUCGAGGAGGGUUGUGAAAAAAGUGAAGGUAUUAGUGACGACGAUGCCUCUGAUAGUGCUCUGGAUAGUGAAAAUGACGACGAAGCUAUUUCUGAUUCUUCUGAAGAUGAGGGGUCGGAUGACGACGAAAAGAGCUCUCGAAAACCUAGAGGUAAAAAGAACGAAGACAAGGAGGAGAAGAAACUGAGAAAGCAAAAGGCGAAAGAAGAAGCUAGAGAACGCAGAAAACAUAAACUACCCAAAGCAGAGAAAAAACGAAAGAUUAAGACGAGUAGUAAAAAGAAGAAAUAA